AUGAAUUCCACUCUCUGUUCCAAGGACAACACACAUAUUCCGAAACUACAUGGGAUUACUUAUUUAGAGCACGCAAUCGACAUCGAAAGCAUCAAGCCUUGCGUCUGCAUUAUUGGUGUGGGCUUUGUGGGCGAAACUCUACUACGAGAAUUCGGUCGGGUGUUUCCUUCGAUCGGUUACGACAUUUCCCAGAAACGCAUUACAGAGUUAGAGAAGUCUUUCCAGCACUUGCCCAAUGUCACCCUCUCUACGCAAAAGGAAAAGUUGAACCAAGCAACGCAUUUUCUCAUCUCUGUUCCCACCCCUCUGAGGAGUGACCGCUCGAUCAACUUAACUCAUCUUCUGUCGGCGAUUAGGACUGCCCUGAAUAUUGCCCGUCCCGGAUCAGCGAUUAUUCUCGAGUCUUCUGUCUGUGUAGGCACUACACGCCAAGUUUUCAAUGCUUACAAAGACUUGUAUCAUUGUGGCAUGUCACCAGAACGAGUCGAUCCCGGUCGACAGGAACCCAUUGUCAAGGAAAUACCAAAGAUUGUUUCAGGACUUACCCCAAAAUCGUUGAGGGUUAUUCAAAGUCUCUACUCUCAAGUAUUCGAUCACACUCUGCCUGUUUCGUCCCCCGAAACAGCAGAGAUGACGAAGCUGUUUGAGAACUGCCAGCGCAUGGUCAACAUAGCGUAUGCGAAUGAGGUUGCAGAUGCAGCAAGGAACCAUAGUAUUGAUCCCGACGAAAUGAUGCGAGCUGCGAGCUCAAAGCCGUAUGGAUACAUGCCAUAUACCCCCGGGCUUGGGGUGGGUGGUACCUGUAUCCCCAUCAAUCCACUUUACCUGUUCGCAAACAAUAAGAAUCUGCCAGUACUAGAGAAAGCUACGGCUCAGAUGAGGAGACGCCCAGGCACGAAGGCUCGCAUAUUUCACAACCGGGUUAGCUCGAUACUAGAGAAUCGUCAUGCUCGUAUUCUCGUCGUCGGCAUUGCGUACAAACCUGGACAGUCCUUGCUCUCAUGUUCUCCCGGACUUGUUUUUGCUAAGAGACUCAAGAAAAUGGGAUGUGGCCGAUUAGUGUUCUACGACCCACUCGUGCAAGAGGUAAUGGGUUGGAUGGAAAAGCUUCCUCAUGAUGGGUGGUGUCGAUCAUAA